UAUAUAUAUUGCGGAAUGCUAUUUUCAAGUGAAUCAUUAAUUUCCGUAGAAUUAGAUGCAAGAAUGAUGAAACAAUGUUUAGUGGUUGUUUUUUUACCUUGUUUGGGGUUGUUGGUGUUCUCUUGUUGGUUCUUUCAUGUCGGUGUUUCCAAUUCAACAGACACGCUUGUAGUUGGCCAAGAAAUGAGAGAAUGGGAAAAUAUAUCCUCUCCAAAUGGGUAUUUUCAACUAGGCUUCUUCAGCAGCCCUAGUGGAUCCACCAACCGCUACUUGGGAAUUCAAGUCACCACAACACCGAAUAGAAACAAGACGGUGGUAUGGCUUGCCAACAGAGACAAUCCAGUAACGGAUAGCUCUGGAGUACUAAAGAUAACUCAAGAGGGGAAGCUGAUGAUCAAUGACAGCAGAGGGAUCGCCAUCACUCUCAACUCUGAACAGCAGAGGGAUCGCCAUCAAUCUUCUAGUAUUAGCACAAGCGCAACACUUCUUGACUCUGGGAAUUUUGUUUUGAGAUCCGGAGAACAUAUUAUGUGGCAAAGUUUUGAUUAUCCAUCCGAUGUAUGGCUAAAAGGCAUGAAAUUGGGUACGUUUAACUUGAAGAGUGGGGGAAAGCCACAACAUCGGUUUCUCGCUUCAUGGUCAACACUAGAGGAUCCGGAUCUGGGGGGUUUCACUCUAGGUGUUGAUCCAAACAACACAAAACAACUUAUAACUUGGAAAAGAUCGAGAAGAGUUGUUUAUUGGAGAAGUGGGAUGUGGAAUGGGUACAAUUUUAGUUUACUCAAUAAGGAUGAUUUUGCUUUAUUUAAUAUCGAUUUUUACAAUUCAUUCAAAUUCAGUUACUUCUCAAAUGAGAAUGAGAGUUAUUUCACUUGGAACGACACUGAUCCGCAUUAUUUGAUUUGGUUAGAUUCUUCUGGAGCGCUUUAUAUCUGUGAUUAUACUUUUUAUUGCAACAUAAUGGUAAAUUGUGAUCCUGACCAAGGAUAUUUGAAAUCUGGGGGUUGUGUAAACUAUAGCCCAUCCAACUGUAUAGGUGGAGAUGGGUUCAAGGAGACGAGAAAAUCAAUGGAGCUGGAUUGGUACUUGUUUAGUUCAUUUAAUUUGAGCCUCGAUCUUAGUGACUGCAAGGAGAAAUGUAGGACAAAUUGUUCUUGUCAAGGCUAUGCUUCUGUAACUCCAUUAAAUGGGGGGACGUCAGGGUGCGCAUUUUAUCAAGUUUCCGUAUAUACAUGGGAUAUUCAAGAAGUCUUGUACAUUCGUAACAACAACAGUCUUGCAAAAAGUGAGAGUUCAAAUAAUACAACUCUCAACAAUAGGAAGAGGCAUCUAUGGUUGAUUAUUGGUGGACCAAUAGCUUCCCUACUGAUUCUGACUUCGAUCUCAUUAUUGUGCUAUCUACGAUGGAAAAAUCAAUCAUUCAAAGGAGGAAGCAACAAAGUUGGGAUUGUGCAGGGGAUGCAGUUGUUAAUGGAUGAAUUGAAUAACAGUGUCACAACCAUUGAUGAAUUAAGCAAUGCAGGAAAUCUCAUGUUAAGGGAGAAAAAGGAUCGUGAGUUACCAUUUGUCAGUUUUUCUACCAUAGAAAUUGCUACAGAGUACUUCUCUGAGAAAAAUAAGAUUGGUCAGGGUGGUUAUGGACCUGUUUAUAAGGGUCAGUUGGUUAAUGGACAAGAAAUAGCAGUAAAAAGACUUUCUAGCAGCUCAAGACAAGGAUUAGAGGAGUUCAAGAAUGAGGUUAUAUUGAUCUCAAGGCUACAACACUGCAAUCUUGUUAGACUUUUGGGUUGUUGCAUGCAAAGAAAUGAGAGGAUAUUAAUAUAUGAGUACUUACCCAACAAUAGCUUGGAUUUCUUUCUAUUCGAUGUGACGAAACAAUAUUUACUAGAUUGGAAAAUGCGUGUUCGUAUCAUUGGAGGAAUUGCUCAAGGACUAUUGUACCUUCACAAGUACUCCAGAUUAAAGAUCAUUCACAGAGAUUUGAAAACCAGCAACAUUUUAUUGGACAAGGACAUGAAUCCGAAAAUAUCUGACUUCGGCACUGCCAGAAUUUUUUGUGAUGAUGAAAAUCAAGCAAGCACAAAAAGAAUUGUUGGAACACAUGGUUACAUGUCUCCUGAGUAUGCUAUGGAUGGUCUCUUUUCUGUAAAGUCCGAUGUUUUCAGUUUUGGAGUCAUGAUGCUAGAGAUAAUAAGUGGGAAGAAGAACACAAGUUUCUGUCGGCCUGAUCGUGCAUUGAACUUACUAGGAUACGCAUGGGACCUUUGGAAAGAAGGGAAAGGUUUGGAGUUAGUGGAUCAAGCAUUAGUUGAAACAUGUUCCACAAGUGAGGCUAUGCGAUACAUUCAAGUUGGUUUCUUGUGCGUUCAAGAAAUUGCAUCUGAUAGACCAAACAUGUUAGAUAUUGUGUCUAUGCUUACCACUGAAACAAUGGUUUUACCUACUCCUAAGCAACCCGCUUUCUCUAAAAUCAUGGGUGUGACAAAUGUAAGUACGCCUAAAACCCUAGAACUUUGCUCUAUAAAUGAUGUCACAAUUUCAGAAGUAGAGGUUCGAUGACAUUUAUGCCUGUAUAAUGAAUAUUGUCUAUUGAAUAAAUAUAUCAUUGUAAAUGUUGUCAUAAGUUGUAGAUAGAAAUGCUUGAACAGAACAUUUGUGUUUUGUAAUACAACUACAAUGUUGAUUAUGAGAUUGAAAUGAAUGUUGUAGUUUGUAUUA